GAUGGAGACUCACGUGGAGAAAUAAUAAUACUUUUGCUGCCCGACAAUCGUUUCUUUGACCAUUUCCAACUAGCAUUUGAUAUUGGGAGUACAUAAAUUCCUCCAAAUAAGGUGACUCCAAGAAAGCCCUGACAAUUGAUUGAUUGAGUAGAUUAAGAUGGAGCCAGUGGCCAAGCGAAGGAAAGCAAUGGAUAUAUAUGACACAGAGUCUUGGGAUGUUCUCCCUGUCCUCUCUGAUGAGCAGUCACGGGACACUGAACUGUUGCCGGCCUUUGCAGCUCCAAUCAUUGAGAAAAGAGAAACAUCUCAGCUUAUCAAAGAGCUUUCUCUGAGCCACCCCUUACCUGGUCUCCAGCACAUAAAAAGAGUCAGGGCUUGCAAAGACAAAAGCAGACCCCAUCCUUUGGAAAUCAUUGUGUGCUUGGUCAAAGAUGUGCAAAAGAUGGAUGCAAGAAAAGAAAUUACACUUGCUGAUCUGCUUUGCACACAUUCCUUUGACUCUAGAGGUUUGGGAGAGCUUUUUCUGGUUGAAAUCCCAGCCAGUCCACCACUGACCAGGGCACAGUUUGAAAAAGCUAGUAAACAUUGGCCUACAUCAUUUCACGAGGACAAACAAGUGACAUCUGCUUUGAGAGGGCAGUUGUUCACUGCUGAUCAGAAAGCUAAAAUGCAAGAGUAUAUGAUGGCGGCUAUCAAGGCUGCAAAAUACGGGCGGGAGAGAGGUAUGGAUGCUGUGGGUGCUGUGAUUGUUGACCCGGAAUCUGAGCAGAUCAUUGCUGUGGGUCAUGACUGUAAGAACAUCUCUCAUCCACUUCAUCACGCUGUCAUGGUAUGUAUUGACCUUGUGGCCUGUGGACAAAGUGGAGGCGCCUACAAUUAUGAGAAAUAUCCAGCCUGUCACUAUAGCAGCCCAGAGACUUCAAGCAGUGCAACUGAAUCUGGACAGCCGUACAUCUGCACCGGAUAUGAUCUUUACGUCACUAGAGAGCCUUGUGUGAUGUGUGCAAUGGCAUUGGUCCACUCAAGAAUAAACAGAGUGUUCUAUGGGGCACCCUCUGCAGAUGGUGCCUUGGGAAGCAAGUAUAAAAUUCAUUGCCAGAAAGAUUUAAAUCACCACUUUGAAGUGUUUAAAGGGGUGAUGCUGAACACAUGUGAGGCUUUACACAAAAAUGAUUUUAUAAUUUGUUCUUAAGGGAUGUGAUUAUUAAAGACAUUUUAAUUGUUUUAAAUACAAUAAAUUCUGUCAUAUGUAUGUGUGUAUAUAUAUAUAUAUAUAUAUAUAUAUAUAUAUAUAUAUACACACACACACACACAGAGUGUCUUGCAAAAGUAUUCAGACCCCUGACCAAUUCUCAUUUACAAAUGGUACACUGAAAUUUCAUUAUAAUUGAUAUUUUAUUUUAAAACACUUGAGACUCAAAAUCAGUUAUUGCAAGGUGACAUUGUAUUUUUGUUGGGAAAUAUUUGUAUUAAAAAAAAAGUAUUCAUCCUCCACCCAUUCAUAUUUGGUGGAGCCAGAUUUGCUGCAAUAACGGCUUUUAAUAACUGCAAUUAAAGUAUUUUGGGGUACAUAUGUACCAGCUUUGCACACGGUGGCGAAGAGAUUUUGGCCCAUUUUUUUCUUGGCAGAUUUGCUCUAGGUUUGUUGGGUGACCCUUGUGGACUGCAAUUUUCAAAUAGUGCCACAGAUUCUCAAUAGGAUUGAGAUCAGGACUUUGACUGGGCCACUGUAGGACAUUUUAUUUUUUUGUUCUUGAGCCACUCCAAUGUUGCUUUGGCCUUGUGCUUGGGAUCACUGUCCUGCUGAAAGGUGAAUUUCCUCCCAAGCUUCAGUUUUUUUAGCGGACUGAAGCAGGUUCUCUUGCUGUAUUUCCCUAUAUUUUGCUCCAUCCAUUCUUCCUUCAAUUCUAAUAAGAUGCCCAGUCCCUGCUGAUAAGCAUCUCCACAACAUGAUGCUGCCACCACCAUACUUCACUGUAGGGAUGGUGUGUCUUGAGGCAUAGGAAGUGUUAGGUUUGUGCCACACAUAGUGCUUUGAAUUUUGGCCAAAAAGCUCUAUCUUGGUCUCAUCUGACCACAAAACCUUCUCUCACAUCGCAGCUGAGUCACUCACAUGCUUUCUGGCAAGUUCUUGAUGUGCUUCCAGAUGGUACUUUUUGAGUAAUGGCUUCUUUUUUGCCACCCUCCCAUACAGGCCAUUGUUAUACAGCGCUCUUGAUAUGGUUGUCUGGUGCACCAUUACUCAACUCUCAGCCACUGAACUCUGUAGCUCCUUCAAAGUGAUUGUUGGCCUCUCUCACCAGUCUCCUUUUUGUUAGAGUGCUGAGUUUUUAGGGAUGGCCUUUUCUUGGCAGUGCCUGGCUGAUGUGGUGCAGCUUCCACUUCCUGAUUAUUGAUCCAACUGUGCUCACUGGAAUAUCCAAACAUUUAGAUAUUAUUUUGUACCCUUUCCCUAAUCUAUGCAUUAUUAUUACUUUAUCUCUAACAAUAAUUAAUUUUGAGUUCCAGUGUUUUAAAAUAAAAUAUCAAACAUAAUUAAAUUUCUUUGUACCAUUUGUAAUUCAGUAGUAUGAGAUAAUUGGUCAGGCGUCUGAAUACAUUUGCAAGGCACUAUAUAUAUAUAUAUAUAUAUAUAUAUACACACACACACAUAUACACAGCUCUGGAAAAAAUUAAGAAAAUAUUAUCAGUUUCUCUGGAUUUACUGUUUAUAGAUAUGUUUGAACAAAAUGAAAAUUUUUGUUUUAUUCUAUUUACUGGCAACAUUUCUCCCAAAUAAAAAUAUUGUCAUUUAUAGCAUUUAUUUGCAGAUGCAGUGUUUUCAGACCUCC